AUGCUCCACGACGGUGACAGUGACCAUCAACACGAGAUGAUUCUACAGCCACCGGAGCCGAUGGAAGGAAACGAGAUUGAUUUUAUGCACAGUUGCUCGAUUAAUGGAGAAGACGCGAAUGGGGGCGGAUCGACGACAGAUCGCUCCUCAAUAUCGCCAUCGCAUGUUGAUGAAAUGAAUGAUCUGAUUGAGAAUGGUGUCAAGUACAACGCGGAAGGAAAAGUCGGCGGCGCGAUGAGCGAAAAUGAUCGCCGCAUCGAAUUACUCGACGCGAAAUUCAUUUAUAUUCAACAUCAGAUGUCCAAAAUAAUGCGGCAUUUGCAUGUAACGCCGUGCGUUUGCGAGUCGUGCAAUGAAAUUCAUCAAAAUAUUGAAGGGGUACGGCAAUUGAAUGAUCCGACGGAUAUGCUGUCACAAUUAUUUCCCAAUGCUUCACCUCAACAAUUACGAACACUCUUGGACUUGUCGAAAAUGAAUAAACUGCCAUCGCAGGUUGUUUCGCAGAAGGAGCAUAUGGCCAGUGCUCCAGUGGUAGCAAAACCGAAACUAGGAGCGGAUUACUCGGCGCAUAAUGGUGGCGGUAAAAUUGGAAGUGUCACUGGAAUCGAGGCAUCGAAAAAGGCGAUUGCUGAUUAUGCUAGAAUACACGGUGGAGCGGCAGCUGCGAAGAAGUUCGGAAUCCCGCCGCCCGUUUCGACUUACUACCAGAAGAAAGACAGCUCAAGCUCAUUGCUUGCCAACACUCCGCUGGUUUCACUGCCGACAAACGGCAUGAAUCAGUUGUCGAACUCGGCUACUGCCUCGCCGGGACCGUCGUCUGAUGGAGGCGAUCGCGAUGAGAUGGCGUUCAAUCAUGAGCCAGCGCUGGUUGCCAACAACCAGAACGCUGCCAUUAAACGACCAUCAGCUCCUGCGGCAUUCCCGCAAAAAAUGGUUGAUAUGAUUAUGAUGAACACUCAAAAUGCUGCGCAUUCAACCGGCUCUCCAGGAUUCUUGCGCGGUCGUGGUCGCGGUCGGCCGAAGCUGAUCGGAGACGAGCUUGACGCUGACCUUGUUGAUUACAUGGUCCAAGUCAAACAAUCCGAUCCGCAUGGGCAUAUGACGGCUUCACAGGCUUUAGUUAUUGCUCGCCAGUAUAUACUUGAGCGUGCACCCGGUCUUCUUGAAGAGCAUGGCGGCCAUGUGAAGCUGAAGCUCACUUGGGCGAUGAAACUUGUUUCGCGGAUCGCCGAGCGACAGAAAGAAAUUGAGCUUGGUUUACCUGCCGGAACAUUGUCGAACAUGGGAAGAAAUUUGAAUAGCCUUCCUGGCGGCAAUCUGAUGGCUGAUAUGAUGGCGCAGAACAUUUUGUCGCAACAUAUGCUCAUGGUGAAUCAGAUGAAUAACGGUGAGCCGACGAAUACGACGACAAUUGAAGAAAAGCCGCCGAAGAUUGAAAAACAUCAAAAUGAAGAGAAUUUAGCUAGUGCCGUUCAACCCGAAAUAGUCAAUAUAAAAGAACUACAUUUGCCAUUCCUGAAUAAUUUUCUCGCCGAACUCAACGGAAAAGCAGCGACAGUCGUUGAUGGUGAAAUAGCUGGCGACAUUGCCACCAAUUAG